GAUUUGCACGCUGUUUUUCUCCGGGCCUGCAAAGACGGCAACGCGUGUUACUGAGGAAGUUGUGCAAACUUCCAGAAAGGCAACUAGGGAUGAAGUCUUCAUGUCGCGAUUCCAGAGCGGGAUUUGGACUCCACACCGACCCCUGGACCAAAAAGGAGUUCUUAAUUUUUCGUCUGUUGUGGUUAUGCUAACGUAUAAUGUAUUAUGUUAAUGUUUAAAAGCCAAACCGAGUGUCCGAAUCACAUUACGGCACACUCGAAGCUGUGGACUAACGACUCUGGAGAACACUCGCAAUGGCGCCCAGAGUUAAAUGCACUCGAGUUAGGGCACAAGUACGCGGAUUGGAGCGCGCCCAGCCGUCGCGUAAUAGUGACAUCGACCUGAACCCGGGAGCUACACGAUGGGUGAUUCGUACACUCGAUGAAACAGAGCUGAUUUACUUCUCAGUAACGCAGAAAAUGAGACCGACUUCGCUGUGGUAGACCUACUAGACUGAAGGCCACUCAUGGAAAAUGGCUGAUCAUCAGAUCGACGACCCGAAGAUCGCUUUCGCUUACCUGCGGCCCUCCUGUGUGCUCCUGACCAAAGAGCCAAACCUGUGCAACGUACAGGCUCUGAGCGGCCACUUGCGUGCUGUUAGUGAUGGCACCCUCCAGUUGCUUCAGGACUAUGUACUGUUUCCUCUCCGCUUUGUCCUCAAGACUCCUGGGCCCAAGUGGGAGGCUCUCGUGCAGGCAGCCAUGGAGGCCAUGGCCUAUGUUCUGGAAAACACCUGUAUUCACAGCUGGGAAUCUCUACGUGAUCUCUUUUCUGAGUUGUGCCUUUGCCUCUGUUCCCCCACGGACCCAGGAAAGCCAGCUCCAGCCUCAGAGGAGCUGAAGUUGGCAGUGCUGCGAUGCCUGGAUGCCCUCUUGCAUUCUGCAUAUGGGGAUGUUGUCUUUAAGCUUUAUGAACCAACAAUGCUGCCUGGACUUGGAGCUGCUGUGUCCUUGUUCCUGGCCCUAGCAAAGCAAGAGAAGGCCAGAGAGGUGCAGACAGCAGCUCUGAAGUGUCUCCUCUCUCUGUUCAUACAGUGUGACUGUUCAAGAACUCACGUGGAGCCAGAAGGAGAGGAGAGGCGUAUGCUUGGUAGAGCUCUGGCCACGUUCCUCCCAGGAAUCACAUGUGCCUUGAGUCAGGUGAUUGGUGGAGAUGUAAGACAAGGGCAUGCAGUUACGGUGAAAGCCAUGCGAGUUUGGUACACAACAGUGGGACUUGUCAUGGAUGAUGACCAGCUUCAGAAUGCUAGCAAAGACAAUGUAGACACAUCUGAACUAGGGAGGGUUGGAGAACUGGUGGUGAAAAGGACUCCAUCUUGGAGCAAGGCCACCUCCAAAAGACUCACUUUGGCUUUGCAGAGGAUUAUCUCUUGUACUUCUGCGCACCAGCACUGGAGAGUAAGACUGGAACUGGUCAAUCUCUCAGACUAUCUCCUCACCCACUGCAGCAGGUCUCUAGCAGGAUGCACUGGUCCUCUUCUGGAAGCACUGGUAGGAGCAGUCAAUGAUGAGGAACCUAGAGUCAAGGAGAGGUGCAGUGCAGUUCUGGAUGAAGUAGCUAGAAGAAACCAAGCUAAUGGAGGUCAGGCCCUCAAAGAUGUCCUGUCAGAAAACUUGCAUGGCUUGGCGUCUUCGCUGCCUCGUCUCAUGAGAACGACAGAUGACAAGCGCAAACUCUUUGUGCUCAACGUCUUCUUGGGGUACCUGAAGAUCUUGGGACCACAGAUAGAUUUGGUGUUGACGUCAGCGGCACACCUGCAGCGUAUCUCCAAAGCACUAAUGCAGGUGCUGGAGUUGGACGUCUCAGACGUGAGGAUUGUAGAAGAAAGGACUUUUGCACCCUUGGUGGACCUGGGACCGGAGACUCAUGAGGCACUGUUCCAGAGGAAGUACUUCCUCUACUUUACAGAUGACAAGAUCUUCUCUGCAUUGAAGCAGAUUUGCCGGAUGUUAGGUCACUAUGGAAACCUCUACUUACUCGUGGACCACUUUUUGGAUCUCUACAAGGAGUCCUCGGCUUAUCGUAAGCAAGCUGCCCUGGUUCUCAAUGAGGUUAUCACAGGGGCAGCAGGAAUUGGCAUAGACAUGGAACCUUCUAGAACAGACAAUUUUAGAAUGAACCAUCCUAAAACUAACCAUGAAGACCUGAAGUCUGCAGUCAUGUCCAUUGUUGAGGAAUACAUCAGUUUGAAUAAUUGGCAUCUCUCCACUGUAAUGGAGCACUCAGAUAUUGAGCAACAGGAGAAACGUCCAUCUCCAAUCUCUGCUAUCAUGAGUGGCCAUGAGGGGAAGAGCCUGCAUCUGGUUCCAGCUUCCAGCAUUGGUCCCAGAUCUCCAACACUCCAUCAGCUGAACAGCAACAUCUGGCAGAUAUGCAUCCAGCUGGAGGGGAUUGGCUCCUUCGCAUUGGCCCUGGGCACUGACUUCUGUCUGCUUCUAAUGACCUCACUCUACCCAGUGCUGGAGAAAGCAGGAGAUGAGUCACUCCUGGUCAGCCAGUCGGCUCUCGGCACCAUGCACAACCUUUGCGUGGCUUGCAAUUACAGCUCACCCAAGGACUUGGUCAUCAGCAAUGUGGACUACCUGCUGAACGAUGUAUCUCUUAACCUGGGCAGACCCAGCAUUCACCCUCAUGCUCCCCGAGUUCUUGCCGUCAUGUUUGCCCAUUCAGAUGCAACUUUGCUGCCCCUAGUGGUUGACGUGGUGCAGGACGUGUUGAUGGCGCUGGAUCUGAGCUACGACCAGAGAUCACUGCAAUUCUGUACAGUACUGCAUUCACUCAUGAAGGCAAUGGUGAGGUGGUUUUCUUCAAGUGCUAAAGAUCACAUAAAGCCUCCUAGAGUCCCACACAGCCAGCAUCCCGAGCCACUUGACCUGCGGCAGUUUCUCCUGGACUACAAAAAGCAGAAGGAGCUGGCCGAGGGGAUCGGUGCUGAUGAGGAAGACCCCAGCGAUGCAGAGAUGCCUCCAUAGUCCCCGGGCUGUGAGGAUCACAGUGGAUUGGAGGAAGGUCCUGAUGUAAAGCCGGAGCUGCCCGUGCACGUUUCUGUAGCUAAAGACGUGAUGGAGCGCUGUGUUCACUUGUUGUCGCACCCCAGCAUAGGAACACGACUGAAGGUGCUGGACAUUGUGGAGCUGUGUGUGUACGUACUGUCUGAGACCGAGAAUGAGCUUUUACCCAUGGUGCACCGCUGCUGGCCUGUGCUCCUCCAACGCCUCACCAAUGACGAUCCGCUGGCGAUACCGCGAGCUUUCAGGGUGCUGUGUGUGUUGGGAGAGACGUGUGGCGACUUCCUGAGGAAACGUGUGUCUAAAGAGGUUCUGCCCAGGCUCACCUCUGCCCUCUCGCGGCAGGCCGAGACCAGCGCCCGCUCUGGCCCGCUUUACACCCACACACUCGCCUACAAGCUGCAGCUGGCGGUGCUGCAGGGUCUGGGACCCCUAUGUGUGCGUCUGGAUCUGGUGGACUCUGAUCUGGACCACAUCUCUGAGGCCUGUCUGCCUUACCUGAGCUGCCGGCAGCCAAUCAGACUGCAGGAGGCCUGCCUGAGUGUUUUCCGGCAUCUGAUGCAGGUGGAUCCGGACGCGUGCUGGUUCACGCUGAGCGAGCUGUGCUGUCCCGCGGCGUACGAGCCGCCCCACACGAGCCUGCACCCCGUCAGACUGAGUGGAAUGGACAAACAGAGGACCGAAUACACAGACAAUGUCAUCAAACUCCUGCAUGAACUCCAGCUGUGUGAGGAGAACCAAGCUCUGAUUGACCCUGUGGUCAACAGCAGAGCCGAGAAGUGACUGAUGCUGAAGCUCUGAGUGGAAGUUUGAGGAUAUUUUAUCCUAUGCUAAUAGGAUAACAGUGAAUUAAAGUUAGUGGAGGUCAUUUCCAGAGUGCUAGAACCUACCUGGCUUUCAUUAACGGCCUAUUUUUAGGCAAAGUAUUCUUUUAACCUGCUGCAUUUGGAAACUGGUCUGGAAAUAACCCAACUGUACAGGCCACUCGUUUUAUAGGCUUUUCCUGAACAUCUCCACGGCACGAAUGUACUGAAAAGACCCAAUAUUGUACUUAUUGUGUUUAUCACAGCAUGUUUGAUGUUUUACAUGUUAUUUUUUUAAUGAACAUGCUGAUUGUUCUCGGACCAAUGGCUCUGGCUCUGGCUCUUUGUACCAGUUAGGCUCCUCCUCUCAGUGUGUCUGGGAUCCUGAGUGGGGGUGAACAACGUAGCGUUAUUGUGAUAUUACAUCAUGAGUGUAUAGUAAAGUUUGGAAUCACUGCUUUCAUUAACAUAAAACCAAUUUUGUUGCAGAUAAAUGAACUGAAUGAAUCUAUGAUGCUAUUAGUCUGUUACUUUCAAACAGUUUGUAGGAAGCUGUAAAAUUGACGUUUGUGCUGAUGAACAGAGCUGUUGCUUUCAUAAUAAUUGAGAAAGCUGUGCAGUUUUGAGAACAAACUUAUUAUAAAAUUUAUAACCAA